UACAGUAACAAAUAAAAACACUCGUCAAUUUCGUAAUAAUAAUAAUAAAAGAUAAGGGCACAAUAUGCAACCAGCAGCAGCAGCAAUGAACAGAUUUAAAGAGACCCUAAUUCAAUUUGCACAUUCAAACCCUAAUUUAUUCCCCCAAAAUUCUACUACUGAUUACCCUACCUUAAUUAACCAACAAUUUUCAGAAUUCUUUACUGAUUUUCAUACUCCUAAUCACCCUCCUUAUGCUGCUAUGAUUAAUAGGGCGAUUCAAGAGUUGAACGAGACAGGUGGUUCUAGUGAGGAGUCAAUAUCCAAGUACAUACAAGAGGAGUAUGUUGAUUUGCCUUGGGCCCAUUCGGCGUUGCUGAAACAUCACCUCGAGAAGCUUUGUGAUCUUAAAGAGAUUUGUAUGACUCGCAAAAAACGCUAUUUGCUUGUUGAUGCAGAUUCUGACCUAGUCUCUGCAACUACACCUGAGAAGCAGCUGCAAACCUUAGAAACAGGGAAGAAAAGCAGCCAGUCCGGUAAGAAGCAGAAGAAUAGGCAGGAUCUGAAGUUGGGAAAGACAAGCAGUGGGAAUGAUAAGAAAGGUAAGAAACAAAAGAGUAGGCUGGAUUCGGAGUCGGCAAAGAUAAGCAGUAAUAAGCACCAUGAAAAAAAUAAGAAAAAGGGAAAAUUGAAACAUAUAACUGAAGUCUGUCAAAAAGAAGAUCAAGCUAUUCAAGUGUUGGAUGAGGUGGCUGAUGAACAAGAAAAACAUGAUGUGUGUAUAGAUCAAGAGAUGGAGGAGGAUGGAGUUUGUGCAAAUGCAACGGAACAAAAUGAAACAGAAAAAAUGUUGUUGAUUAAACAUUCCGACGUCACUGGCAGUGAAGAUCAAUCUGUAGAUCUAUCUAACGAUAAGGAGCAAAUAGGAACAUGCGGAACAAAGAAGAGGAAGAAUAAGAAGCAGAAGCAGCAGAUAAUGCCAACAAGGAGUAGUAAGCGCAGCAAUAAAAACGAGGAGACUCAACUUCUAGUGUUGAGUGAGGCGAACCUGAAAUUAGAUAAAGAAAUCACUGAUGCUGCAUCACAGGAGCAGAAGCAGAUAAUAGAAGUUAUGACAAGUGAUACACAAAUUCAAGAAGAAAAUAAGGAUGUUGAAGUCUGUCAAAAAGAAGAUCAGGCUAUUCAAGCCUUGGAUGAGGUGGCUGAUGAACAAGAAAAACAUGAUGUGUGUAUAGAUCAAGAGUUGGGGGACGGUGGAGUUUGUGCAAAUACAACAGAACAAAACCAAACAGAAAAAAUAUUGUUGAUUAAACAUUCUGAUGUCACUGGCAGUGAAGAUCAAUCUGUAGAGCUAUCUAACGAUAAGGAGAAAAUAGGAACAAAGAAGAGGAAGAAUAAGAAGCAGAAGAUAAUGCCAACAAGGAGUAGUAAGCGCAGCAAGAAAAACAAGGAGACUCAACUUCUAGUGUUGAGUGAGGCGAACUUGAAAUUAGAUAAAGAAAUCACUGAUGCUGCAUCACAAGAGCAGAAACGGAUGAUAGAAGUUAAGACAAGUGAUACACAAGUUCAAGAAGAAAAUAAGGAUGUUGAAAUGGCUCUAGAAGUGCACUCUGAUAAUUCUGGUUGCAAAUAUAUGUCUGAUCAAACAAGUAUAGGUGUACAAACAAGUGAUACACAAAUUCAAGAAGAAAAUAAGGAUGUUGAAAUAGCUCUAGAAUUGCACUCUGAUAAUAUUGGUUGCAUUAAUUCGAAGGACAUUCAUAUGGAGCAGAGCCCUCCUAUUCUGGAACUGGAAGAAUCUCCUAAUUCCAAUCACAUGUUACAACAAGAGGGGAAAAAGAAUUGGACAAGAUCGCUAUUAAAGUCGGUGUUAAAGAGAGAUGUGGUAGCAGGCUUAGAGUUAACCGGGUCUCCCGGUAAUGCAAAUAUGCCAAAGGGUAAGCUUGACAUUGUUGAGCAUUUGUCUGAAGAAAAACAACUGGUACCAAGUGCAGUAUCUACUAUAAUGAACAAUCAGCGAUCAAAACUAAGAAGCUCGAAGAAAAGCACAGUAAUGGAAUCUCUUGACACAGAAGUGGAACCGCAACAGAAAUCAAGAAGUCCAAGUUUGGAGAAGCCAGUGGUAGAACUUGUUAAACCAGCACAAGUGCAGGAGGCAGGUAAUACUCAACAAGAUCAGCAACCAGAUGAGCUGAAGGAGCUCAAACCGAAGACAAAGGGUCGUGGUAGACCUCCUAAGAAAAGUCGGCAGGCAUUUAAGAAGGUCAGAGUUGGAAAUAGGAGUGCUAAGCCUAAACGAAAUGAGGAUAAGGUUACCAGAAAAUAUGAAUCAACAAAUAAAAAGGAUAAACCAAAGAAAAAUGCCUUGGCAAGUAUAAGAUAUCCAGUAAGAGCAGCAAGAAGAAGAUAAAACCAGAUCGUUAGAGUAGAAGAGACCAAAUCUCGUGUUUAAGGUAUGCAUUGAUCGACGAACCAGGAGGCAAGCUCAAUGCAGGAGAUAUAGGUAACAUAGUUUUCUCUUUGCGCUGCAUGAAGUCAUGAUCAUGGUAAUUUUUUAUCCCACCGUCUUAAAAGAGUUUUGAAUUAACUGUUUAGGUUAAUUGUUAUUAAUAGGUCGUUUACAACUUUUUAGUUGGACAGUUAUGGAGUUUCCAUAAAGAAGGAUUUUAUAAAGGCAACAUAAUUAUUAGGUAGGAAA